GUCUUCAUGAACUUGUUAGUCGUAUUCAUUGCAAUAAAGUAUUGUUAAUUUAUUUAAUAAUACAUAACUGAUUUGUCGUUAUUAUUCAUUAGAUACCGGAUAAAAAGUUAUAUUUUGUGUUCUAAUUCAAAAUAUGAAUAAUGAAAAAGAGAAGAAACUAAUUCGUGUUUGGUGUGAUGGAUGUUAUGACAUGGUUCACUUUGGCCAUGCAAAUUCAUUGAGACAAGCAAAAGCAUUGGGAGAUGUGUUAAUAGUGGGAGUACAUACUGAUGAAGAAAUAGCCAAACAUAAGGGCCCACCAGUGUUUACCCAAGAGGAGAGGUACAAAAUGGUUCGUGCCAUCAAAUGGGUGGACCAAGUUGUGGAAGGUGCCCCUUAUGUUACCACACUAGACACAUUAGACAAGUACCAGUGUGAUUUUUGUGUACAUGGAGAUGAUAUUACAGUCACUGCAGAUGGAAUUGAUACAUAUCAUUUGGUGAAGGAAGCCGGCAGAUACAGGGAAGUGAUGAGAACAGCUGGAGUAUCCACGACAGAUCUAGUUGGGCGAAUGCUGCUACUGACUCGAGAGCAUUUCAAGAAUAUUAUGGUCUUCAGGAGAGGUGACAGAGAGUACACUGUGGCUUUGGAACACUCGUCUAAUCUCGGAACAGAUUCCACCGCACGAUCUCCGUACACUGGUUGCUCGCAAUUUCUCCCCACCACGCAGAAGAUAAUUCAAUUCAGCAGUGGUCUCUCGCCGAAACCUACUGAUAGGGUUGUGUAUGUAGCAGGGGCAUUUGAUCUCUUUCAUGUUGGUCACUUAGACUUCUUAGAGGAGGCUCAUAAGCAAGGAGAUUUUCUCAUAGUAGGCCUGCACACAGACCUCGAGGUCAACCGCUAUAAAGGAUCCAAUUACCCUAUUAUGAAUCUUCACGAACGCGUCCUUUCUGUCCUAGCUUGUAAGUAUGUUCAUGAGGUAGUAAUCGGAGCGCCAUACAGUGUGACCGCUGAUCUAAUGGAUCACUUCCGAGUUAAGGUGGUCUGCCAUGGGUUAACGGCCACCACACUAGACGUUGAUGGUUCCGAUCCGUACAAGGUGCCCAAGGAGCGUGGAUGCUUUAAGGUAUUAAAUUCGGGUAACACCAUGACUACAGAUGACAUUGUUCAACGAAUAAUUCGGCAUCGACUAGAAUUUGAGGUCCGAAACUCUCGCAAAGAACAAAAGGAACUUGCCAUGACAAAGGCCUUACAGAAGGGCCACAUCAAGCUAAAUGGAGACUGCGAUCAUACAGCGAAGGCGGCGAGUUUGAUCAAUCAUUAAUAUAUGCAUUUUGUUACCAAAUAAAUUAUUUACUUAUUUUUAUUAUAUGUAGAUUUGUUGUGCUGUUUAGUUAAACUCAUAAAUUAAACUGUUUAUUUAAUGUAAUUUAAUUAUCUGUUGACUGUUAUUGAAUAUAUUUUUACAUUAACUAUUGGGUGAUAAUAGAUUUAUCACCCUACAAUUCAAUUGCUAA